CACGCUCUGACAGCCGCCGCUGCUGCACCAUCACCGGACCCGCGCUUCCGACGAAGGAGCCACUCGCUCUCACACGCGCUUCCCUCACCCUCCGCCUGGGAUGACAAGGUGCGCGGCGCAGGUCGGGACGGACCUCAGGACCCUCUGAAUAGAAACUGGAUUUGGGCUGAGCGGAACCGGAUCGCUGGUUUGGAGGAUUUCUGUAAGCGCCUUUUCGACCCGGGGAUACUCGCGCAGGAGCCCCCCUCAUGUUGCAGCCCGUGUCCGGUCAUCCAGUCUCCCGCCGGGAUUCGAGCUCGUUACCUCCGGGAGUCAGUGCGUAAGAGACGCGCGGCGCAGCCGGAGAGAGCGACACCAGGAGGGGGGCGCCUCCGCCGAAGACCCUCCACCCCUCCGAGUGCGCGGAAGCAGGUGGAAUUAGUUCACGAUGUCUCUGCUGCCGUCCAGGUGCAUCUACCUGUGUUUACAUUUGCUGCUUCUCUAUUUUCAGCUACAGGAAUCACAGCAGAGUCCUCCGGAUUUCCGGAUCUACAUCGAGAACCACACCAGGAACCCGGACGACGUGAGCAGGAAGCAGGUCCGGACCUACCAGCUGUACAGCCGCACCACCGGCAGGCACGUCCAAAUCCUGGGGAAGAAGGUCAACGCCAACGGAGAUGAUGGGGGCAAGUAUGCUCUUCUCGUGGUGGAGACAGAAACCUUCGGGAGCCACAUCCGGAUCAAGGGGAAGGAGAGUGAGCACUACAUCUGCAUGAACGAGAAGGGCAAGAUUGUGGGGCGGACGGAUGGGAGGAAACAGGAGUGCGUCUUCGUGGAAGAGUUCCUGGAGAACAACUACACGGCUCUGGUCUCGGCCAAAUACAAGGGCUGGUACUUGGGCUUCAACCGCAAGGGGCGGCCCAAGAAGGGCUCGCGGACCACGCAGCGGCAGCAGGAGGUCCACUUCAUGAAGCGCGACCCGAGGGGCUGGAUAUUCUCGGACUUCCGCUUCACCCCGGUCACCAUGCGGACUCGAAGGGCUCGGCGAUUAAAACCCAACCGGAAGAGGAACUAACCGGCGGCGGCGGACGCUUCCGACACGAACAAAAGAGAUGUUUUAUUUUUCUACUUCGCCGAGCCCCAACGGCGCUCGGAGUGAUGUCAUGGUUAUUUAUACUGGAUAAACUGACGCGUGCUCUCCUGCGCUGACACACUUGUAAAAGCCAGCGAGGAGAGAUUCAUUGGAAUAUACCUGUCGCUUGUGUUUGCGUUGCCCCGGACGACCAGGACCCCAUACUUUCCACUGGACCCGGACCCCGUGGAGACGGUGGCGGCAGGUGACGCAGCGGGAUAACUGUGUAGCUUUGAGUGCAAUAUUUUUACAGUUCUCUCUCCUCCUCUUCCUUUUUUCCAUCCGUCUCUCAACCGUAGCGGGAUGGAAUGUGCUCCGAGUACUUCCUUGACAACUUCCACGCUGCCUGGGAUUCAGCGGGAACAAGCUGCGACUGGUCCGACACCAGCGCCGGUCCUGUCCAAACACUUUUUAAAAAAACACAACACAAACAAAAAUGUGAUUAAUAAUUCCAGCGCGUCUUCCAGCCUCACCUGGACGGCCGAUCCUGUUCCUGGCUUCCACACCUCCUGUUGUCGGCCCGUGAGCCCGGCGCUCCCCAUUACAGAGGUGCUGGGCUCGACUGUCGGCUAAACUGGGACUGAGUGUCUCCGAGUGAAGCUCAGACUGGAGAGUGAUGAGGCUGGAAUGAGUCGUGACUCUCUGGUUCAAGGUUCCGCUCAGCAACAGACUUCCUCCUGCCCACGUGUCUGCCCAGUCAUGACACUCUCAGUCACCGAGUCAGGAGAGCUGCUCACACUCACAUGACCAAUCUAUCCAGAGAUGAGAAAGAAAGACAAGUGUGUGAAUUCCAGAGUGUGUCUGGCACCACAUGCUUGGUGGAGAGUUCGGGGACUCAGUCUGUCGUCCACUCCAGAGUAGAGCAAUGAAUGUUUUGACGUGUAAUAGACAGGUUCCCUGCCGUCUAUACUGCGACGAUCAGAUGUUUAGAAAAGUGUGGCUCCGUUGAGUUGCUCGCAGCUGGUUCACAACCUGAGCGUCACAUGACCCUAUCGCUAUCGCACAAACUCCACCACAGAGAGGAGUCAACAGUAAACUUGGUGACUUGACUCGCGAUGACUCCUAAUGUCUUGAUUUGGCGUGUCAAACUGAAGACUUGUAUGUGUCGACCUGUCGGGGAAAACAUCGUAAAAACAUGUCGACAACCAAAGAAGGAAAACUGAUGACUUAAAAUGUGUAGAAACUCGGCGAGAGAGAGAAAAGUCGAGGCAAAACGGUGACGUCGUGGUGUUCAAGUCGUCGGCUGGAGAACCCUUCACUACACUCGUGACCCGUGUCCCCAGACUCCACGGGUCCUCGCUCUGACGCGGGCUUCUGGUUGCAGCUCGGCCCCAGACUCGGGACUCAAGACUUGGAGGGGUGGAGACUCUCAACUGUGUGGUAUCGACUGGCUUCUGGCGCUGCUGUUGGUUACUAACGACACAACACAUGUACGAUCUCUUUCAAGCAACAUAAUUAUUAUUGAGAUAUUUAUUUCCUUCCUGUGUAAAUAAAAUGUGACG